AUGGAUAUGAGCGGCGGUCGUCCAGGAUCCGGUCUGAUCGGCUACGGCAUCAACAUGUAUAAACCAUACUGUGCUUCUGCUUGUCAUGAUAGCAUCCCUUUGAAAAUGCAUUGUGAAGAUGGUUCAGAUACGAUGCCAAUGUCAGAUGGAGAAGCUCCAAUGCCUUCAGCAGAAUGCAUUUCUACAAGCACGCCUUUUUUGCAAUCCGUCGCUUAUUGUGUCGAUCAAAAAUGUCCUUCAUCACUCACUCUUGAUGCAAGAAAUCAUUGGUGGACGUAUAAUAUGAUCGGUCGUAAAUUGGAUCAACCGAAACCGAACAUAACAUAUGAACAGGCGUUGCAAUCAAUCAAGUUUUCACCUCCAACUGCCACACUUUCAUCUGACGGUGUUCUGAAUUCACCUGUACUCGUUAAUGACACUGAAUACGUCUCAAAUUACCACGCCUCACUCAGCUUUCAAGGGGCAGAACAAGCUCAUUCAGCCACAAGCAUUGCUCUAAUCUUCAUAUGCAUACUUGGUCCUAUCUCUUACUCACUUUUGCAGACUUAUCUCAAGGUUCCCUCGCAAGUUUCGCAAAAGCUCAAUUUUGACGCAUGGCGAUCCCCACAAUAUCGCUUCAAGCUGCCAAUUAUUGGCAAGUCAACAGCGCGAUUACCAACAUACGGUCAAAUGCUUGCAGUUGCCUUGAUUUGGAUCGUCAAUAUUAUUCUUUCGUCAGUUGGCUAUCGAUCGUAUCAACCUAAUGCAUGGUUUUCUUCAGCCCGCUUGGAAAUUCUUACCUACGUCACCAAUCGAACAGGUGUUUUAUCAUUCGUAAACAUAGUUCUGCUUAUAAUUUAUGCCGGUCGGAAUAAUCCACUUUUAAUGGCUACAAAUUGGUCACGGUCAACGUACAUCUUGCUUCAUAAGCAUGUUGCCGUUAUUGCUACAAUUACGGCAUGCUUACAUUCAGCAAUCUACCUCCAAAUCAAGCUGGCUAACGGAACGCUUUCGGUCGAACAAGUUCUACCGUAUUGGAUUAUGGGAAUCGUAGGUACUUUGGCCAUGACGGUACUCUUACCGCUUUCGGUUAAAUCCAUUCGAAAUGCGAUGUACGAAAUAUUCUUGAUUGUUCACAUCCUCUUUGCCAUUUUGGCACUUAUCGGUUGUUGGUAUCAUAUCAUCUUUCGAUUUCAACAUCAGUGGGGCUACGAAACAUGGCUAUAUGUUGCCUUUGCUGUUUGGGGUGCUGAACGUGCGGUUCGAAUCGGUAGACUUUUGAUGUAUAGUGGUUGGGAGAAAGCUAUCGUUGUACCGCUUGACGAAGAUUAUCUCAAGAUCAUCGUUCCUACAGCGCAACAAUCACCAUUUGAAGGUGGUGUGAUUUAUGCAUAUUUUCCCACUUUAUCUUGGCGACCGUGGGAAAGUCAUCCGUUCUCUGUUGCAGGCCCAGCAUUAGAAUGGAUGACACCUGCCGAGAGCAAGACUGUAAAAGAAAACGUUGCAAGCUCUCCCGAUCUUUGCGAAAAAGGGAUCAUACAAUUGGACAAAACUCAAGAUGGAAACCUCACCAGGGAGGCAGAAAUCACUCAAGAAUCACCCGCUUUGAAAAGUGAUGAUACGGAUUUGCUUGCAACUGAACAUGUUGAAAAGUAUGAAAAAGACUGGCAUAUUUCGAACGCAGUGUCAAUCAAUAGAGGUAUCACCUUCUUCGUGCGAGUCAGGAAUGGUACGACAAAGCGGCUAGCAGAAAAGGCGAAACAACCUCGUGCACAAAAUGCGAAAGCAUGUACUCUGCCAGUGUUGCUAGAGGGAGCAUACGAUCGGGGUGAGAUUGGAAGCUACUCAACUCAUGGUAUCUUUGCAACAAAACUGCAAACAGGGCUGAGCUUGACAAAGACAACCCAAUUCUCGAAAGUUGUUUGCAUUGCUGGAGGCGUUGGGAUCACGGCUCUCAUGCCGAUGCUCCAUAAAGCUGCUAGAGCACAGGAUGCACACUUACCCACUGUGUCACUUCAUUGGAGCUCUAGAAGUGCUGCCUUGGUUGAUACUAUCUCUUUGAUGCUAAAAGUAUCCUCAAAAGCUGUCGUGAACGAAACUGAGCGACGGGGCAAAGUCGGUUUGCUUUCAUCACAUUUCGUGAUCGGUCAACGCUUGGAAGCAAGUGAAGUGCUUGAAGAAGAAAUCAAAGGGGCCAAAUCAGACGAGUGUCAAAUCUUGAUCUUGGUCUGCGCCCCUUCAGAUAUGGCUAAGGUCUAUCAAACCCGCGUGGCAGCCUAUCGACGAUCGGGCUACGCCUUGACAUAUCAUGAAGAGCAAUUCACUUGGUGA